AUGGAGUCUGUAUCUAAUUAUAUUGGGAACUUACUUUCAAUUGAUGAUGGAACAAGUACAGCCAAGACUACAGAUGGUUCCAGUACUCACACAUCUAAGACGGCAUUAGCUGGAAAGAAACGUCGAUCGUUGGACCUUGAUUUUAGUUCUUUCUGGAAAGAUAGUACAAAUGCAGGUAAUGGCGGUAGUCAUGCAAGUAAUAAAAAAGGAACAGCGGGAGAAGUGGUGUCAUCUGAUGCUAACACAACUGGAAAUAUGUCCAACGCCAAUGCUGUAGCAGCAGCAGCAUCAUCUGCAGCAUCAGGUUCAGGUUCAGGUUCAGGUUUUGGCUCUUCUUCUUCUUCUUCUUCUGCUGCUGCUGCUGCUGGAAAAACCAAUAGCGUGGGAACCAUGAAUGAACCUGCUGCCAAGUCAUCGUUAGCCUCAUUAUCUGCAUCCAUUUUCUCCACAGAUGCCACUUCCAAUCCAAAUUAUUUAGCUGAUAAACUAAUGGAAAAAGUGAUUGCCAUGAUAAUUCCCAACGAGAUUAUUGACGACCAUACAACUAAAAUCUUACAAGAACGUGCAGAUAUGGCGAAACUACGCAAGCCGUUGUCUUUUCCUAUAAUGCAAAAAAACUCAAACCUAUUGCACCAGCGAAAUUCAGAUAUCUAUAUCUUUUUCAAUAAAGUGUUGAAGUACGUCAACUGGAUUGAUCCAUAUUAUACAGUAGGCAUAACGUUGAUCAUCACUCAUCUAAUACUCAAACCGGUGCUUUUCACUGUCUUACCAUUUGUAUUUCUUUGCGUCAAUACACUUAUUCCACACUAUUUGAUUGUAUACCCACCUGAUACUACAAGUUAUGAGGAAUAUAUCGAUGUCAAUCCGUACCCCUCGCAAGCGCCGCUAGACACCUAUAUUGCACCCAAGCCUGUGGCCUUGUUUAGCAAAGAAUUCUUUAUGAAUCUUACCGACACUCAAAACUUUAUGCAGUUGAAUAUCCUGCUUUUUGAUUUCCAGGUGUGGCUCUUUACAGACUACUUUUAUUUCAAGAAUGAGAAAGUUUCUUCAAUAAUUGUUUUAGUAUGUUUGUCAUUGCUGGUGAUUAAUUUGUACUUGAUGCCACACGUUGUUAGGUUUUUAUUGCGAAACUUUUGGAUAGCGCAAAUGGCUAUGGUUGUUCAAUUAUGGUGUUUUAUUAUUGUGAUGCACCCAAAUGUGCGCAAUAUGAUUUUAAAAUGGCUUUACAAUGAUGAAACUAGGUUGGAUAUUCAAAAUCGUGUUAACCACCUUGAAGAUGGAGUUACAUCUAUACUUGUGGACGACAAAAGGGAAGAAAAAAAUAAUUUAGCAAUUGAAGAGAAGCAAAUUGAGAUUUAUGAAUUACAAAGAAUGAACCAAAAGACCAACAUUUGGGAACUGCUGGGGUUUACAGAUGAUGUGUAUACAAAGAAUGGUGAGAUUAGGAAAUACAAUCAUGCAAUUCAACAAUAUCAACUACAACAGCGGGAACAGCGGAAACAUAAAGGAGAAUAUAGAGAUGGCCAUGAAGUGGAUGACAGUUUCAAUGCAGACGAGGAAUCCUUGAACGAGCGACUAUUGGUGUUGAACACAAGCGAAUCACUUAAGGAAAUCCAACCUCCUCUAGGCUAUAAAUUUGUUCCCUCUAGCAAAUGGGUAAUGGAUUUCAAUGUACAUAGAUGGGUGGAAGAUAAUUUGAUUGAAGAUAUGGUGUUGAUUGAUGAUAAUGAGAAAUGGGCUUAUGAUAUUAUAUUGAAAGGUGAUGAGGAGGACGUGGAGAAUGAAAGGGGGGAAAAUAAAUGGGAGGGAAGCGAGAACAUUGGCGGAGAAAAGCGUUAUAAGGACAAAGUUGGUGUGCAAACUGAUAGCGAAAAUACCGAUAAGGUAGGUGCCGAGGAGAGUAUUGCUUUUAGCACUGGUUGGGAUGACGAAGUUUACCGUAGAAGAAGGUGGUUAAGAACUGUAGUGAGAGAAACAUACCAUGAUAAAGAGCGACCUGCUGUGCAACCUUCUCAUCUUGCUACUUGGGUCAGCUGA